AUUCAUAACUUUACAUCUCUGCAGUAAGGCGGAAAAACCAAAAUUUUCAAAAAACAAUUUCAGAAAAUUGAUAAAGCAAAAAUCUUUUCACAGUUUUUGAGUUUUCACUUUGUAUCAAAACUUUCACGAUUUACGAUGUUCUUUAUGGCUUUUGUUAAUUUUCGUAAGUAUGUAUAAACGAGAAGUACAUGCAUAUUUAAUUUAGCUGUUCGCUUUUUCAGUGCCAUCACGGUGAGCAUGAGCGAGUAUUUUCUUUACAGUGCUGUGAAGGAUUUUCUGAACCGCUGGAGUUGCAAUGCGUCAUCAGAAGAAUACCUUCAAAAACUUUUACGUUAUCAAGACAGACAUGUAAAUCGGAAUACUACUGUCGCUAUUCCAGAGCACUGUCAUACAAUUGCUAGUCGAUCCCCCAAUUCUGAACAGUUUUUACAAAAAUUUGCACAGUUGGAUUCUGGGAGUACAGAUCUGCUGCCAAAAUACCUGACUCUUUUAUCCCUUUUACAAGCAAAUAAAGGAUUAAAUGAAGAUCUGGAAAAAAUUGCGGCUGAAACUAAUAAUAAACCGAAAAAUGCUAAUCUGUCAACAAAUUUCAAAACGUUUGAAUCACACGAAGAUGUCGAAAAGAUUUUAAAAGAGCUAACUACUGCUGCUGCAGAAGUCGAAGAAAAGAAGAGCAAGUCUUCGUUCAUCAUUGAGAAAAAAGAUAGGAUUGAAAAACUUGAUGUUGAUUACACAAUUUGGAAACGAAUUCGUCCUUUUAUAUCCGCUGAUUUCUCAAACAACGCCAUUAUCUGCAAUCUUUUACCCAUUGGAGCAAUUCCUCGUUCCUCACAAGAAAAAUAUUUGAUACGAGAUAUUCUUCAAUGUUUGUUAGGGUUUCAUGGCAAGUACAUGUAUGGAACAAGAGAUGAGGAGAAGGAAGCUCUCAGAAAGUUUGUUUUAGAGCAAUCCAUUUAUUCUCCCUUCAAAAGUAUUGCAUCAGAAAUUUUAGUUUUGUCCGAGUACUAUUCAACUAUCGUACGUUUUAUAGAAGAACGUCAUCAGUUUUCUAGCGGUAGAGUGAAUCAGGCCUUAUGUGAAAUUUUAGAAAAUAUAUUACAAGACUACAGGGUAUUCAUUAUUCAAAUGGAGACUAAACAUAGACUACAGUCAAUGACUUUGCAGUCUCUUCUGUUCUGUAUUCAACCAUUUCUGGAAACCAUGAGUUGCCUAGCUCGUAUUGUUCAUACCAUUAAUAAGGCUGAAGCUCGAGGCGGUCGUACUCUGAGUUUAUUGCAUGAUGCUGGGAAACAUAAUGCCAUCGAACAUAAAGCUGCAGACAUUUUAGUGAUUUUAAUUAGAAAUGCAUCUGUACCUUACUUCGAAGCUUUAGAAGAAUGGAUUUAUACUGGAUAUAUUAACGAUCCUUGCGACGAAUUCAUGAUUGAAGAUAAUGUUGAAGCAGAAAAACAAAAUAUUCUGGCCAAAGGAGAAUUCACCAAUGAGUACUGGAAGAAGCGAUAUAGAAUUAAGAAAGAUCAUGUGCCUACUUUUUUGUCUCAAUAUCAACAAAAAAUUUUGAGAACCGGAAAAUAUUUGAAUACCGUUAAACAGUGCAAAAAUAUUUCUUCAAAAGAAAUGAAUUCCAUUUUGGAAAGAAAACCUACGUGUGAUAAAAUGUGUUAUACUAGUCUCGAUAGUUAUGAAUUCGUUCAAAGCAUCGAAGAUGCUUAUACUUUUGCCAGCGAUACUUUGUUAAAUUUAUUGAUUAACGAAUACGAUAUUUUAAAUAGACUGAAAUCAGUGAAACGUUUCUUUUUAAUUGAACAAGGCGACUUCAUCAGUAUCACAAUGGAUUUGUGUGAAGAAGAAUUAUCGAAACCGGCGAAAGAAAUAAUGUCUACAAGAAUAACUUCUUUGAUGGAAUUAGCUAUUCGAACUUGUUCCAGUGGGAAGGUUGAUCCUUAUAAAAACGAUAUCUCCAUUGAAACCGUAGCUGAAGAUUUUGUUCUUCAAGUCUUCAGAAUAAACGCUAUUAAUACCAAAAAAGAAAAAGAAUUAAUGAGGAAGACUGCAGAAAAAGAUCUUACCGGUAUAGAUGUAAUAGCUUUGCGUCUGAACACUACAUGGCCUGUUUCUUUAAUUUUCAACGAGAAAGUUAUUGGAUGUUAUCAAAUUCUGUUUCGAUUUCUGCUUUAUUGCAAAUAUGUAGAAAGAUUGCUGUGCAAAGUAUGGAUUUGUGACCAGCAAUUCAAAACACUGGAGAAAGACAGUAGAAAUUAUCAUCUGAGAGCCUUCGCACUUCGGCGUAAAAUGGUACUGUUUGUACAAAAUUUAAGUUACUAUAUGACCAACGAAGUGAUUGAACAACAUUGGUUUGCAUUUUUGGACACCAUCAAGAAAUGUCAGAAUAUAGAUGAUUUCAUGAAUCAUCAUUGGGUGUAUUUGAAUAAUUGCAUGAACGAUUGUAUGUUAACAUCUUCAAAACUUGUCAAACCUUUAAUGUGGCUACUAAAAAAUUGCGUUGAUUUUUGUAAUUUCAUUCAGAAUAAUGAAAAGGCCGGAUCCCUUAAGAAAAGCGUUAGUUCAUUCGAAGAAAGGAUUAAAAUUUUUGAAUUUGAAUUCAACAAUAAUCUAGGAAUCUUACUUAAAUUGAUUCCUCUGUGCGGCAUUGAAGAAUGUAGUAAUCAAUUAUUGUACUUCCUGAACAGGCAAAACUUCAAUGGUUACUAUACAAAUUUGAUUGGAUGUCCAAAAACCGCAGAAAAGAAAGAAUAAAGAAAAUACCACAUUACUUUAUAGAAAAAUUUAUUACGAACGUUCUACAAAAAUGUAUUCAUUACAAUAAAAAAUUUACAUCAAUCUUACAUCUUCCUAUUCAUUUUUUUAAAUUUAAGAAUAUUUCAAAUGUAUCGACUUGAUUUCGUUGACGACAAACUAGUAGCUGACUGAAGUGGUCUGGAGGAGUGGUAGGUACGUUGAUAUUCAUUUUCAUUUUUGAAACCAUCUUAAAUAUUUAGAAACACGUUGUGUAAUCGACAUUCUAAGGAACUGAGGAAAACGACUUGGAUAGAACCAAAACGAUAUUUUAUUAGAAGAACAACCCGCGAGCUUUUCUUCCCAAGCCUUGUCGAUCGUGCAAUAUAUUAAAUUUAUUCACAAACUGAUUCAUAUUAUUACAACUUUUAGUAAUAGAUCCCAAAUACGUAAUAAGUGCCACAUCGUUACACUGAUUAUAAAAUUCUGCAUUAAACUUGGGAGAUUGCAUCACGGGUAAUCGAUGAGUUAACGAAGAUAAUUCCCUAAGAAUUUCGUGAUUAUUAGGUAAUUCCUUGUUUUGCACAGCUUUGACGUAUUCUAGGAUCAUUUUCACUCUGGUGUGUAACAUUUUAAUAGCGUUAUAUUGAGCUGAUAGAUGUUCUGCGACCAAAGAAUUUUCACCGGUAUCACUGCUUGCCAUUCGAGCAACAUGAUCAACACCGAUACGCUCUGCUUCUUCUGUAGCCAAUGUAUAUGGAACUUCAACAAAUAACAUUGUAGCUUCCCCGUUAACGAGAUCGAUUACAGACUCAUACAAUGUGAUAGGUAAAUCUGUAUGACCGGCGUAAGGAUUAAGUUUCAACAACAUAGGGCUUUCGUUAAUCGUGCAUGCUUGCUUAUGAUUCUUAACAUCAGAUUCAUCGGGUAAAUCGUUACCACUGGUGUACCAUCCAAGAAAAUCCAUAUCGCAGAACACUUGCUUGAAUUGUUCUUCUUUAGUAGUGUAAUACGCUUUAUCUAUUAUCAUAUCAUUGUCUACUUUGCUCAAUAAGAGUUCGAACGAGUUCAUAAUCUCGAGUUUUCUUCCUUUCUGUUUUCCUAUCAGAGCACCAACCACUUGUUUAGCUUCACCUUCUUGAGCUCUUACCCGAGUCCAGUGUUCAGAAAUGUUCAUUAUCACUAGUGGAUGGAGCGAGACUGUGACACUUGGCACACCACCUUGAGCAAUGUACUUCUUGGACGAAGUAUCGUCAACUUCCAUUUGUUCGGAUUCCAUUUUGAUGCAGUUGAGGAUACGAUGAAACACGACGAACGAGGUUUUAAAAUUUGAAUGACGUACACCGCGACCACGAGUUAAACCAGGAGAUGAACAGCAACUUCACUCGAUGAAAAGCAAAAUACCUACUAAAUACUUUUCCUCAAGUCUCCAGAAUUAUUUAACAAGCAAACUGCAAAGCAUUUCAAAAAUAAUUACAACGCAAAACGUAAGAAAAAUUACCAAAAAAAUAUGGAUUUUUGUGUUAUCAACAAAUCUCACAGUCAAAAAAAACAAAACUAAAACAAAACUAUAACAAAACAAAACAAAUGCAACAAACCUCUUAUCACUGCGCUCUUCAAUUUUCAUUUUUCAACGAAAACGUCGAAAACGGAAAAUCUUACGUGUAUUGAGAGUAAAAAGAUAUGCAGUAAACUGAGCAUAAGUAAACGCUUUCAGCUUUCUAAAAUGUCAAAAACGCCAAAAACAAGGACCAGGAACCACGGACUUCCGUUGAUCAAGCCAUAUACAAAGAAAAACGACCGAAAUGUAAGGCGAUGGCGAAUUAAGCAAACUACUCCAAUAAGUAUCAACAAAGCUGAUUUGAAACGAAUUAUUGAUGAGAUUGGCAAAGAAGAUCCAAAACCAAAUCAUGAAUUGAUAUCGCAGUAUGGUACCAGCGUAGAAUCAGCUUUAGCUUCUUGUGUACUUCCUUCUGUAGAGUUACUUAAUUUCAAUCCUUCAUCAAUAAUAUUACACUCACCUUCUACGUUGCUUCCUCAAUUACGUAAAUCACUUCUGAGUCAUGAUUGGAAUCUUUCUUCACUCUUGCUUCGAAAUCUCAUUCAAAGUAGACUUAUAAACAGAAGAUCUCUGAUGUACAUAAUUCGCACUUCUUUAAUAAUUUUAUUGAAUCAUUGUAAACACCCCGAAGUUUUGGAAGAAUUUUUAACACAAACAUUGGGAAUAAAUGAUGAAAGAAAAAUCAAUACGUUUUUAAGUAGUAUAUUUGUAAUGCCGAAAGAAAUUAGAGCACCGAUGCGCUCAAAAACGAUUAUUCAAUAAAAUUUGUGAUUCAGUAAAA